GAAAAUAAAUGGAAAUUUUGAAGAGCAGUUUACUAGAUUGAGGGACUAUGCUCAAGAAUGCCUCGACUCCAUUCCUAAUAGCACCAUGAAGAUUCUCACUACCAGAACAAUCCCAGAUGGACCUUGCCUUUUUCAAAGAAUCUAUUGUUGUUUUGGUGCAAUGAAGAGAGGAUUCCUAGAUGGAUGCAGAAAGAUUAUUGGCCUAGAUGGGUGUUUCUUGAAAGGUUUAUUAAAGGGAGAGAUUCUGACAGCCGUAGGAAGAGAUGCUAACAACAACAUGUACCCAAUAGCUUGGGCUGUGGUGGAGAUAGAAAACACAUCAUCAUGGAGCUGGUUUUUGGAGUUGCUUAAGGAGGACCUGCAGAUUGUUGACAGCAGCCCGUGGACAGUUAUUAGUGAUCAACAAAAGGGCCUGAUCAAUGUCAUUCAAGCUCUACUACCUCAAGCAAAGCAUAGGAAUUGUGCAAGGCACAUUCAUGCAAAUUGGAGUAAGGAACACAGAGGCACAUACAUGAAGAAACUUUUUUGGAUGUGUGCAAGGUCUACUUCACAAUCACAACUUCAAGAGUCAUUAGAAUUAUUGGGUAAGAAAGACAGUAAAGCUAGAGAGGAUAUAGAGAAGUACCCAUUCAAGUUGUGGUGCAAAGCAUUUCUGAGAACAUCUGUUAAGUGUGACGCUGUAGACAACAACAUGUCGGAGGCCUUUAAUCGUACUUUGAUUGGAUGUAGGAGCAAAUCCAUAAUUCCAAUGUUGGAGGACAUAAGGGUAGGAAUGAUGACACGAAUUGCUAUGAAGAGGCAACAUGCAGGAAGAUGGAAAGGUAACAUAUGCCCUAAUGUUAAAAAAAUAUUAAAUGGAAACAUUAUGAAUAGUUCAAAGUGGAGGCUUGUUUUUAAUGGAGAUGAUGGUUAUGAGGUGAAGAGAGGGAAAUACCAAUACAAGGUAAAGUUGGAGGGUCAGACAUGCUCUUGCAGGUUAUGGGACCUCACUGGAAUCCCUUGUUCUCACGCCAUAUGUGCGAUGUUUGACUGUGGAAAAGACCCAGAAAGCUAUGUUGAUGAAUGUUAUAGUCUUGCUGCUUUCAAGAGAACAUAUGCACACACUUUAGAACCCAUUAACGGUGAAACUGCAUGGCCUAAUGCAGGUGGAGAAAAGAUACAUCCUCCCCUUCCAAAGAAAAUGUCAGGUAGGCCUAAGAAGAAAAGAAUCCGAGAAGAAAGUGAAC